AUGCCGCUUCGGAUACUCCUCGUGGAAGACAAUACAGACCUGAGGCGUGAGGUUGGUGAAUACCUCGCGCGCCGUUUGCACGACGUUACACCGGUUGGGAGCUCCGCAGAGGUCCGAGACCUUCUGGCCAGGGAUGCGGAGGUCGAGGAAAUCGACCUCGUCCUGUGCGACGUGAACCUGCAGGACGGCAACGGAAUCGAACUACUCGCCGAACUCGGCCCCCGCCGACCGGCCUGCCCCUGGCUGUUGAUGUCGGGAGAUCCCGAUCCCCAGCGUCUGGUCGAUGCGCGACGACGCAAUCCCACGCUGCCCCCCUGUUCCAUCAUCGCCAAGCCGGUCUCGUUGCGAAGCCUGGCCGCCCUGAUUGCGAACAUGUCGGAUCCCUAG